AUGCCAAUAAUCACGGCAAUCAUGUAAAGCCAGGCACAAUUUUUUACAGUUAAUUAGUUAAAGUUUUAAUUAGUUAAACAGGUUGCAAUUUUGUAGUAGUUCACUUAGCCUGAUGAUUUUUUAACCGUGGAUAAAUAAGGUUAUUUUUGUUGUUGUUGUUGUUGUUGUAGUUCCGCCUGAAGGCUAUGCCAUACUGUCACAAGUAGCAGUAACAAACUGAGAAGAAACUACCUUUAUUUUUAGUGCACGCGAAACAAUGCCUGCUAUCUGGUUUUUGUUGUUGUUGUUGUUGUUUUGUUUUUGUUUGUUUGUUUGUUUGUUUUCGGUUAAUUCCGAUCCUGCUGACUAUCUCACAUAGCACUUGUACAUUGUAAGUACAUUUGCAUUAAGCACCCCAAGGAAAUGUGCCAUUUUUCUUUUCACAGCAGAUUUUCCACCCCUCUGACGACCAUUAAUAUCUGUGGUGUCAUGCGUUCGCCUUUACAAAUUGUCGUUGUGGUCGUAGCAGGGGCAUUUGUCCUGUCACUCCUUAUGCUCUAUUAUACAAAGAAGGAUGAACAUCAAGAAAACUUUCUUUAUGACGGUGCUGCUGAUGAGAAGCAAGGUCAGUAAGUGCAACAUUUGAUGAUAGCGUGCGGUAACAGCAGCAAUUAGCAAUUAUUGAAUUCGGCUUUCGUAGAAUAUGAAGAAUUCUGCAGAUCGAAGAGGGUGUUAUCCACCUCGGCCUCGAUCUGCAAAAUUCUUCAUACCCUACGAAAGCCGCGCGAAUUCAAUAACUGCUUUAUUAUUCACUCAAAAUAAUUCCAAGUUUAAAAACAAGUUUAAACAUUGCUUACCUCCGUCGAUCGAUGUUAAGUUCAUAUCGAUAGUGCAUCUUUAUCGGGAGGUUUAGGGGAUUAAAGGAUGUUCAGGUCUGCAAAUAUACUCCAAAUAGUAGAGGUCGUCCGUCGAGUUGUCUUCUUGUGGUUCUUGCUAUGUUUUUUAGACAAUAGUUCGCCGUGAAACGAGUAAAGAGUUCCGCCAUCACUCAAUUCGAAAACAACUCAAACUCGUCCCCAGGUCUUCUCGGUUAAGGGGUCAAUAAUGUGCAACCUUCCUGCCACUUUUGACGUUAUCGGCUCAAUAUGGCAAAAUUCUUUCAAAUUUGGUCAACAGUAUGGUAGGUUAUGAUAAAUUAUGCGUGCGAUUUUAGCCAAUCACAAACGGAGAAAUAUUUUGAAUGAAUAAUAACAAGCUUUAUUUGCAUGAUCAUCCAAGUACAUACAGUAUUGCAAAAGCUAUUUAAAGAAUAUAAACUAAAAUUUCAUGACAGGACAAUUAAGCUACUUUUUUAAUAAUUUUUCGCGAAAAACAAAGCAAGUAGAAAUUUGGGUUGUGAGCCAGGGCGGGUUAAUUUAGUUAAAAUUUUGAACGUUCAAUAACAUCGUCGUCAUCAUUAUCGUCAGCGAGCUUAAGCAAAGAGGUCUUGAGCGACGCAGGUCGACCGGAAGUGGACCUCUUGUUUCCUUAGACAAUGCUUUUGCCAAAAUGUUAGAGAAAACUUCUCAAUAAGAGAAUAAGGCAUUUUCCAAGACCAAUUUGUCAGCCUUUUCUUAACCUACCUAUUCACGUUCGCAAACAGGAUAUUGUGUUUUCAUUGUGCACUCUGACUGGCUAGCUUGGGGGAGGAGGGGAUUUUUUUUCACUUAUCGUUCUCUGUUUGGGUCCCUAAUCCGUUCUAGCUCAGGGUAGUGCUGGUAUAUAUACCGUAUUUAUUCGAUUAACUGCCCUGGGCGCUUGUUAAAUUUUUGGACCUUGAAGGUGGGCGCUUAUUCGAGGCUGGGCGCUUAUUAAAUUUUCACCAUUUUCAGCAAGUGAAGUAUGUUUAUUUUGCAACAAAACAAUAAAUGCUAAUAACAAAACGCGAAGAAGUAACGAAGCAAUGUUUCUGUAAAAUACUCUGAAGGAAACUCCGUCCUCGGGGAAGUCUCUUAUAAGAAUUUAUUCAGUCAAGUGGGUGGGGUGGGGGUAAGCGCUUAUUUGAGUUUGACUGGGAGGAGGAGGGGGUGGGCGCUUAUUCGAGGUGGGCGCUAAUUCGAGGUUGGGCGCUUAUUCGAAUAAAUACGGUAGGUGUGCGUGUUAGGGUAGUUAGGCGAUAGUGGUAACCGACCAGCACAGUGAUACCAGAUUCUUCUAAAGAAUCAUAUUACCAAUUUCAUCAACUAGCUGAGUUUGUUAUCAUUAAAGCUACUCCAUACUCAACGAUCCUCCCAGUAUUUCCUUAGAAACAAAAAAAGAUCUGACAUUCUUCUUGUUAUUCAGUGAACGAUUCUUUUCUAAGUUUUGAGAAAAGAAUCAGAGAAUUGUACGAUGGCAUCCAAACGUUUGUCCUCUUCAUUGGUUACGGCCUUAGCGGUCACAGCCUCGUUGCCGCCAUUCUAGAUGCUCACCCAAAGAUUGUUAUAGCACAUGAAUUUGAUGUGUUACGCAAAUGGAAUUAUUACAAAAACGAUACAUGGAAUGGGAAGAGUAAAUUGUUCUUUGACCUUCACUCUAAUUCGCGAGCACAUGCAAUGUUUGGCAAGAGAGCGCAAUUUCGUAGUGUUUCCCAGACAGGUUAUGCCUAUCACGUGGCUGGGCAGUGGCAAGGAACAUUCCAAGACAAUAUAAAGGUACUGAAUUAACUUAAGUUUUGUUAACGGACAGUUUUCUCUUUGAGGAAACCCGGCACAUUCGGUUUUGUCUAAUAUAAAUAAUUAUAAUAAUAAUCCUUUAUUCACCCGCAGCAGUAUUUAAUAGCACUGAUGCCAGUCAGGCGGUGUUGGACAUGGUCCGAAGAGCAUCAUGGCGAAAAAAUCAAAAACGGCUCAUUUGCAUCUGACCUUCGCUUUGUUCACAUCUCUCGUUGCGCCAUAAAAGUACCGGGAGAAUUUGCCGGUGGAGGAAGACAUAUUUUGAGUAGUGUGAUAUGGGCAUUACAGGUCUUCUUCCGCUUUUAAAGGACAUAACAUGCGAUUUUCUGGAUGCCAGUGGAGCCGAGCAAACGAAUAAUUUACUAAGCUUAACAGGGUUAAGAAUCCUAACUAGCAGAAGCAAACCAGCUGGCUAUUUACAAGCGUGGUAAUUCAUAAAGGAUUUUAACUCGAGACUCCUGUGAAUAAUGCUGAGGUAGCAGUGAAGACAGGACUUCAAAACUGAGAGCUAUUCAAAAGUAUGAUACGCAAAAGCAAUCACUAUGUUACGUUUUAUGACAGAAAUAGUUAUUUGUGUCUAAAGCAACUCACAGAACGAGCUUAACCUUUGAGUUCCUUUUCUGUUGUUGUUCUUUAAUCCGUUGUUAUAAAUCAUUUAAAGUCGAAUGAAUAAAAUAAAAAAGGGAAGAAAUGCCGAAAUAAAAUCAGAUGGCUGUACGGGAGAAGGCACUUCCGGCAUUUCCUGCUCUCUUGAGGAAAAUAAUGUCAUAGUAAGAAUAGUCAAGCUCAGUGUCCCACGGACUUAUGCUACUGAUCAAAGCGGCGUUAUAAGAGCGCACUUUUAGAGCCCUUACCUGGAACUGUAAUACGUUACACGAAAAAAAAGCAUGUAUGAAGUAACAUACCAUGAAAUUAGAAAGUCUCGCAACGUUUUUGUAGGUUGCAUCUUGUAAAUCGAGUUCUUACCUUUUAUCUAGGGUGUCACCUCGUGCAACAUAUCUCCUAACAGCGAAUAGGGCUAUGUAACGGAAUAUAUAUAUAUAUAUAUAUAUAUAUAUAAUAUUUCGAUUUUUCCGUAGUAGUGUCGAACGUUAAAGAUAGCGUGAUAUAAAAAACAAUGAAAAAAAACGACUUUCAUCAUGAAAGUUUAGUUUUUACGCGGUUCAUAUAUAUUUAGUAUAUACUAAAACAAUGGAUAGUGUUUUUCGCGCGCUCUGAUUACGUCAAGACGUGAAUAUCCUUCACUAUUAUGAUUCACCUCCAAUUCCUCGGAGCGAGCGACGCCAAAUAUAAGUUGCAAGCAAAAUCAUUAAGACCCGGUUUGCUGCCGUAAACAAACAAAAAAACAACUAAUUUGCAAGCUGUUUCCGAAAUACACGAAGAAGGUGACGAAGUUCGGAUUGGAAGUUUUAACAGGUAAAGAUUUGUCUUUUGACGAAUUUAUCGAUAAAACCGGUGAAAAAGUUUUUUGUUUACAAAUGCGAAUGAAGCUUAAGUCUUCCUUACUCUAUUUAGUUGAGUUGUUCAUGAAUAAGCUUAAAACUAAAUUUUAAUCUUUUUUAUAGAAUGAUUUUAAAUCAAAAGAAUUCACAACUCCUUUUAAGAAAUUUUGUCCACAAUCCUAAACAAAUGCCUUCAAAAGUUUCAAGUUGCCGGUUGAAAAAGCGACAGUUCAUCGCCCGGUUUUAUCCGAAAUGUUGUAAUCGUUGGCGGAGUAUUUGGGUUAAAAAUCGUCGUUUUUGUGCUCAAUUAUCUCACUGUUUUAGUAUAUACUAAAACAAUUAUUCACCUCAGUGUCGGUGGCUAGUCGUGGCUAUUUACCUCACUGCUUCGCAGUUCGGUAAAUAUAUCCAGAACUAUCCACCUCCACUUCGGUGAAUAAUUGUUAUAUAUAUAUAUUUUGUUUUUAAUCUUUUGAAAAGGCUAAACCUGUCUUCGCAUCACGACUGGAUUGCAAAUUAACAUACUGGUCCAGUUUUAUAAUACAAGACUAUAUUUAGGAUUUGAAAUUGUUUCUUGUCGUCUGUUGCAAACAAAUGGCAAGGAUAGACAAUGGAAAUGGAUUGAAACAUGAAAAAUUCUGGCCAACGUUUACAAGUUUUAAUUCUACGCCUGCAAAAAUCACCAAAAAAUGAUCGGUACGUUUCUGGAAAUCUGCCCACCGACCCUUCCCCUAAGCUUACAUGUUGCCUUAAGUGAGAAGUAAGUGUUAAUGUUGGCUUAGGGGAGGGGUAGGUGGGCAAUUUCCCCGAAACGUUCUAUGAUCCAUAAUUAUUAUGGCUACUGCUCCCUUAUUGAAUUUGAAUUUGUAUGAUAUGUUUUUUACAAUUCUACAGGAGUAUUUUGUGUAUUCAUAAAGGAACUAAGUAAAGACUCAGGGGCGGAUCCAGGAUUUUUUUUAGAAGGGGGUGCACUCGUCUCUUGCUCUUCUUCAACACCAAUAAACCACAUAGUUCUUUUUUUUGCAGAAUACCGGUUGUAUUAGAAAACCGCAGGUCAUCUCAGGGGGGGGGGGUGCGCACCCCCUGCACCCUCCCCCUAGAUCCGCCCCUGAGACUUCAGCACAAAAUUGACCUAAACAGCAAUCAUAUAUACUCGUUGCAAGACUGCGGAAAACAGCCUAAUUUAGCCAUCCGCGCGCGUUCCUUUGAUAAUCGGUAUAACGAGGAUAUAAGAUAAUCCGUAACUUUUUGUUUUCAGGUAACAGGAGACAAACACGGCGAUGUAUCAAGUUCCUUUCUGAUGAAACAUGGCUUUCAAGUUUUGGACGAAAUACAAAAAGUUAUCAAAGUUCCCCUAAAGUUCAUUCACGUUAUCAGAAAUCCCUUUGAUAAUAUUGCAACCAAGGUGCUGAAAAAUCUAGACGCCAGGGAUAAUGCUCGUGAUCAAAGUUUUAAAGUAAGUUUUGACUGAUUUUUACUUUCGUUAGCUGAUGAUAAUUGGCACCCAAAAUUUCUUCCUGACGAAUAUAAAAUGAACUAUAAAGCAAUAAUACCGUUAAGUCCAUUCAUAAUCAACUGGUAUUUAAGCUUUCUUGAGAAUCGUCAACAGUGCAUUACUUACAAUAGUUUUCGAGGACAUUGGAAAUGUGUGAACAGGGGCACUAAACAGGGGAGUGUGAGUGGUCCGUACUUAUUUAGCAUUUUUAUUAAUGAUCCGGAAAUCAGCAUAGAUAAUCACCCAGCUUUGUUUAAACACGCGGAUCACUCUACUCUCAUUGUUCCCGUUAGGAGUAAUGGCCACUGUCGUAGGUAUUUGGUAGAUAAGUUUUUAAUUUGGUCUAAGGAAAACAGCAUGAUUUGUAAUCCGUCGAAAUGUAAAGAAAUUAUUUUUCGCAAGAAAGGUUUUAUUCAGGAUAUUGCGCAAGUUAAUACAUGCAUUCCGCAAUGCACGGAGCUACCCAUUUCAGGUGUUAUAUACGUUUCAGGAGAAUUGUAAAUAUAGCGGACACGUACGUGCUAAGUUGACUAAGGCAAAGAAGUGUUGGUUUGUAUUAAGAUCUUUACGGAAGGAAGGUUUCAGUGAAGGUGAAGUGGACCACCUAUUUAGCGCCUUAGUUUUACCGAAUUUAACUUAUGUUUUGCCUGUUUAUGGGGCUGUAGACUCAGAUCUCACGGUCAUACAAAACUUUCUGGAUAGAUGCUUUAAAAGGAAAUACACAUCUAAGAGAAUGGACAUUCGAGAACUUUUAGGAAAGGCAGAUAAGAAGCUUUUCAAGGUACGUUCAGUGGAUCCCGAUUUCCCGCUCAGUAACAUCAUUCCGAAGAAGAAAGAAACAAAGUAUCUACUCAGAAACAAAAGUGCUCAUCGCCCGGAUAUAAAGACCGAUAGAUUUCAGAAUGUUUUUGUAAAUAGGAUUAUUUUUAGAUAUAAUCUUUGAUCUUUCUAUUAUUUGUAUACAGUGUGUCUUAUGUAUUUUUAUCUUUUUAUUUGUAUACAGUAUGUCUUAUGUAUUUUUAGAUUCCCAACUGCUGAUGUAACUUAAGAUAUUUCUUUUUAUCUUAGGAGAAUAAAGAAUUGAUUGAUUGAUUGAUUGAUUGAUUGAUUGAUUGAUUGAUUGAUUGAUUGAUUGAUUAUUGAAUGAGGCUGAGUUAAAGGAUGUGAAGAAUUAUGCAGAUCGAGGAAGAUAUUAUCCACCUUGGCUUUCAACCUCGGUGGAUAUGACAACCAUUGAGCACUAUGUUUUGCGUAUUCGUGCAUUUCUUCCGAUCAGUUUUAGUCAGAACCUCAACUAUUUCGUCUUCGAAAAGCCGUGAACGCCAUUUUUUCAGUUCACUAUAUUGCCCAAGUAGCCUCGUUUCCAGUUAAAUACACCGUCGAUUACACUGUAAUGUUGUAUAGAAUCAUUCAAGGACUGCGAUCGAAAAUACUGCAGAUAUACGUAAAAUCCAUACGAAAUCCCUCAAAUUAACCAAACGUAUCGCGUCACUUUUAACCGGAUAUAAAUAUGUAAAUGAAUAGAUGAGUAAAUAAGUAAAUAAAUAAGAAAAAAAAAUCGAUAAAAUAUUUUAACCCCAUUAACAGAAUUACGUCUUUUUCAUUAUGUCUCCUACAAGGUUAACAACUCUGAGGUUUUGGAUCAUUACAUUGCCAGCCACUUCAAGAGAGUAGAGUCUGUUCAAAGAUUGCACCAGAGCGGAAGUUAUGGUAUCUUAGAUGUCUACAGCUCUGAAAUUAUUUCAUAUCCGCGUGAAAACCUGAGGAAACUAUGCAGCUUUCUGGAAGUAAACUGCGACAAAGAGUAUAUCGAUACAGUGUCAGCUAUACUGUACCAAACGUCUUCCAAAACAAGGAAUUCUGUUGUGUGGACCAGCGAACAAAAAGCACGUGUUGAAGAACUGAUACAGAAAUAUCCCUUUUUGAGACCAUUUACAUUUUACAGCAAUUAG